GUGACAUCGAGUGAAACUUGAGUGAUUUCUGGCAUGUUGAUGCGUUUUCUGACUGUAUGGCCGCUCUAAGUAUCUAACUGAAAAUGUUUAAAAAUUUACGAAAGAAGAUAGAGCAAGGGGUCGCUCAGUCCCCGCUGCGAGGUGCCAUUAAAACGACUUCUGAUGAUAAAGCAGAAGGUGAUGACAUGCCCAAAAACCCAGCGGAUGGGUCUGAGUCAGAUCAGCAACCUGAUGGAACGACUUCUCUCAUUGGACACGGUAGUCCAGCUGAGGUGGAGCCAUCCAGUCAGACUGCUGUUGACAGCUCACCACAUGGUCCUCAAGUUGGGCAGUUGGUGGACAUUCCAUUGUUUAACCAUCCCCUGGAAGACCCCAUGUCUCCCUCCAAUGGAACCCCACAGCGUACACACUCUCGACAGUCAUCCAUCAGCUCUGUCACCAGCGAAAGUCCGUUCUUCCCGCCUUUAAACCUUUCCCAUCAUUCUUAUGACUUGCCGUCAGAAGCGGAGAGUGAAAUGGAGGAGUCGAUUUCCAACCUGGAUGGCUACACAAAAGAGGACCUGUACAAUGUAAUCAAGAGACUGGAAAGGCGCUCCAUCAAAUAUAAGGGACGUUUUAAAGAUGUUGUUGCAGCCUAUAAGGAGCUAAAGCAAGACAAGGAGAAAAUAAAGAAUACAUUAACCCAGUCUCAGGAUAAAGCCUUUCGUCGCAUCUCUGAACUGAAGGAGCAGGCUAACCUUGACAAAUUGGCCAAGAGAGAUCUGGAGGACAACUAUAGGCUGAUGUUAGAGGAGAAGGAUGAGCUUGUCAGGGUCUUACAGACACAGGUCAGACUGUUAAAAGAGGGAAAAGAGAUUCCAGAUGAGAUUUCCACUAAGGGUAACCAUGGUGAUGGGGACUCUGGGGGUGGUGAUGGGUCCCUGGCUGCCCUAACAGAUAAGGUGAAACGACAAGAGGCUCUUCUGAACCGCUGUAAAGAGUCUAUCAAAAGCCACAAAGAGAAAAUAGCCCAGCUCUCUUCAGAGAAAGCCUUGCUACAGAAACAAUUAGAGGAGAAAGGUGUAGAGAAAGUCCAGGAUGGCGCUCCAUCAUCACCCAGCCUUGACGAGGAUAAUGCUAAGCUGAGGCGGCAGAUAAAACAAGCGAGGGCUGUGAUUGAGGACUUGGAGGCAGACAAACAGCUGGCAGUGGCAGAGGCAAAACAGCAGAUGCACGAGGCAAUUGAGGCAAAGGACCAGGAGGUGAUCAGUUUGCGAAGUAACCUACAGAGUGUGACAGAGGAGAAGCAACAGCUGGAGGAGAAAGUGGAGAAGCUGGAGAAGUCAGGUCAGGAGCAUUUACAAAAGUCCAGAGACAUCAUUAAGAGUCUGAAAGACGAAAAAGCACAGGUGGUCACAGAAAUGGAAGCGAAACUGAAAGUGGCAGAGGAAAGGCUCGAGCAAGAGAAGGAGAGCCUUGUUCAGGAGUUGGCCAGGGGCAAAACAGCAGCUGUUACACUGUUACAGCAGGAAAGUGAGAAGCGUCUGCAGGAAGUGACAUCACUGAAAGAGGCCGCUGUACAGGAGCAACAGAACCACUGGCAGGAGAAGCUAAAACAGCUGGAGAGUGAUCACCAGGAGAGGAUAACUCUUCUGGAGACGCAAUAUCAGGAGAAGAUAACUCAGUUAGAGGCAAAGCAUCAGGAGAAGAUAGUUCAGUUAGAGGAACAACAUCAGGAGAGCCUGGCCAUGAAGGACAAGGAGCGAGAACAUGCCCUUGAGGUGAAGGAAGGAGAAAUUCAGAAGCGCUUAGAGGAGAAGGAGAAUGAUAUGUUAUUGGCGGUGGAGGAGCGUGACCUUCAGAAAAUGGCAGCCCUGUCACAGCAGGACUCCGCUAAGGAUGAACUUCUGCAAAAGAUUGACUCUCUUAACACUACGAAACUUGAGCUGGAAAACAUGCUGGUAAAACUGAGAGAAGAUCAUGAGGCUGAGGUGACUGCCUGGGCUGCAGAGAAGGAGGCUCAUGCAGCAGAAAUCAACAAGAUGAUCUUGGAAUUCCAGAAAGCUACAGAGAAUUUGAAAAGCGAAUUCGAAACCAGGCUGGAAAAACAGGCACUUUCACUGAAUGAAGUUCAUGCACAGGAAAUAGAAGAACUGAACCACAGGUAUCAGCUUAAGCUGGAAGGCUCUAGUACUGAGGUGGAAGAAUACUACAAAUCCCAGCUUGAAGCUAUGAAGACCAACUAUGAGCAGCUCAUCCAUGACAAGGCUAUGCAGAUUGAAACUGUCAACCAGACCAUGAAGGAGCUGCAGGAAACUCUGCAAACAUCACAGGCAGAGUUUGAGGAGCAGUUGCAAGAGGCGAUCAAAUCCAGAGAAACCCUAGUAGAAAAGUAUGAAUCUGAGCUCCAGGAGCUUAAAAAUGACAUUCAGUGCCUGAAUCAGACAAAGUCUGAAUUGGAGAAAACUGUGGAGUCUAAAGACAUUGAAAUGAAUGCUUUGCAGGCCACAUUUAAGGGAAACCUGGAGAUCACUAACAGUGAGUGGAAGCAAAAGCUGGAUGAGUUGGAGUCGGAACAUGAAAAGCGCAUCAAAGAGAUGUCUCAGAGUGACGAGAGUCGAGUGACCGAGGCCGAAAGCAAGGUGACAGAAUUACAGCAGCAACUAGAAGAGGUCAGAAAGACACUGCAAGAACUUACGGAGGCCAAACAAACCCUGCAAGAUGAGAAGCAGGCGCUACAGGCUGCCAUGGAUUCGUUAAAGAAGCAGGUCGAGGAAGAGUCCCACAGAACUGCUGAUGUGCAAGAAAAUUUGGAAAAGAAAACUGAAGAGAUCAACUCCUUGCAGAAGAUGAUGGAAGAAAAGGAAACGGCUCUGAGCCUGAUGGAUGCCAGAUGUCAAGACCUGGAAGUGGAGGUAGCACAGAAAUCCAAAGCCUUUGACGACAAAACGGCAGAAAUUCAACAGAUGCAGGACAAAUUUGGUCAGCUGAGAACUGAGGCCAAGUCAAGAAUCAAAGACUUGAAAGAGAGGACAGAUGACAUGGCCAAAGACCUGUCACAAAAGACUGAAGAAGUUCUGUCAUUGACAGCAAAACUGGAAGAGGCCAGUGUGGGUAAAAGUGGUGAAAUCUCCGAGCUACAGGUAAAACUGCAUGAAAGUGAAGAGGCACAGAAGGCCCUGGAGGAAAGCUUUAAAGAGAAGUUUGAUGAAAAGCAGAAACAGUACAAGGAACACUUGCGCAAAAUGAAGGAAGCCUUUCAAGCAAAGCUGAACGAGAAGGAGAAGUCGUUCCAAGAGAAGCUGGAAGAGCUAACCCGUGAUCGUGACCUGAGCGUAGAAGGGGUGACUGCUAACCUGGAGUCACUGCAACAACAACAACUGGAUGAAAUCUCUGCCUCCCACAAACGACAGCUUGAAGAAACUGUGUCUGAUUGGGAGAACAGAUUAGUCGAGGUGAAAGAAGCCUCAGAAUCAGAAAUAGCAGCCUUAAAGCAGGAUUAUGACCAGAAUUUGACGAAGUUGCAGGCAGCUUACGAAAAGCAGUUGGCUGAGGUGACUGAAGCACACCAGAGUGCUGUUGAAAAGCUUCAAUCCGAUCUCGAUAGUGUUAAUGAAAAGUUAAAGGAGGCUGAAGCAGCUAUUGAAAUGGUCAAUGCCCAAAAGGUGCAGGAACUUUCAUCUGUAACUGAAGAGUUGAAAGCUCUUCAAACGAGUUGUAAAGAAAAAGAAUCACUUCUGUCUGAACAUCAAACCAUGGAACAACAGAUUCAAGAAUUGAAGCACAACAUUGAAUCUGUGACAGAAAAACACACUCUAGAGAUCCAAGAGAAGGAUCUUGCCUUGCAAUCAGCCGAGGAAAAAAUCAGACAUUUAGAAUCAACCAGUGCUUCUUUGGAAAAAACGAUUCAAACAGUCAGUGAUUCUUCAAAAGAACAAGAAGAUCAGAUAAAGUGUAUGGAGGAAAAUCAUCAAACUGUGAUAAACACACUGGAGGCCUCGCUGCAAGAUAAAUGUGUUCUACUUGAGGAACUGCAGCAAAAAUUGCAACAUGCUGAGCACACAUGUGCAGAAAAAGACACAGUUGUUAUAAAACUGACUGAAGAGCUUAGUGGUGUAAAAACUCAGCUGGAGACUUUGGAAAGAGAUUUAUCCAAGAAAGAACAUGUGAUUGCGGACAUGCAGGAAAGUGCUGAGGCGGCGUCAGCAGAGAACCAGAGAUUGCGAGAGCAUCAUGAAGAAUCCCUACAACGAAUGGAAACAGAAAUGGGGACAAGGGUGAAGGAGCAGCAGAGCGAAAUGGAAGAGAGGCUGCGACAGGCAAUGGCAGAAGAGGAGAGGUUAAAAGGUGAGUUAGAGGUUCAGAUAAACACGUUAAAGACGCAUCAUGAACAGCAGAUGCAGGAUCGCGAUGGGGAGUUGGCACGUCUGCAGGACCAUGUCAACAUUCUUGAAAAAUCUCAGGAGAAAAUUAAAACUCUGAUGGCAGAAUCAAGGGAUGCUUUUGAAUCACAAGCCAGGGAGAAUGCCCAAAACCUGCAGAAUGUGCAUGAAACCAAAGAUGCUGAAGUUCAGAAGCUUCAGAUGGAUUUAGAAUCAAGAGAAAACUUGAUAAAGGACAUACAGGACGAAAAUGAACAGCUGAAGUUGAAAAUUGUGGAAGAAAGUCAGAAAGCACAAGAGGAACUGGAUGAAAGGAACAGCCAGCUUAGUGCUUUAGAACAGGAAUUAGAUACACAAAAGUUAAAGUACGAGGAGGAGCUGAAAAACAUGGAAGCAGCACACGUGGCAGGUGUGGAUUCGAUCAAAGAGGAGUACAAUGCACGAAUUUCUCAUCUUACUGCCAACGACCUUGAACUUCAGGAACAGUUACGACAUCUCCGUGAGAAGUUGAACGAAGCAGAGGAAAGGCUUCAUGAGUGCAUUCAGACCUAUGAUGGUCAGAUAAAUGAGUACAAGUCAAAGCUGGAUAGACAAGAACAGAGUUUUGAUGAAGAGAGGACAAUGUUAAAACAACAAUUGAGUGAUAUGGAUGCCCAGGCAAAGCUGAAUUCGGAAGGAUUGCAGACGGCCUUGCAGGAGAAAGUGCGAGAAACAGAACAGCAAAUUCUUGAGAACAAGCAGGAGCAUUGCAAACAGUUAGAGGACCUAGAAAAACAGUCCGAUGCAAACCUCCAGGAACUGAAACAAAAAUAUAAUGCUAAACUGAAGGAGAUUAAGGGUAAACUGAUGGGCAGGAUUAAUGAGUUAGAGAACAUGAAGGCAAAUGAACUUUUGGUGAGCAGCAAUAAAAUUCAAGACCUUGAACAACAGUUAAAUAAAGAGAAACUUGAAAAGGAAGCCAUGUCUGGCGAACUUUCACAAUCCAAGACUAAACUUCUGCAACUGCAAGAAAUGGGUCACACAUCUGAAACGCAAAUUUUGGAGGUGACAACUGCCUUACAGGACCGUGAAGCAGAACUGGCUAAGCUUAAGAAAGUCGCUAGUGAUCGCGAGAAUUUAGUGUCUGAUUUAAUAAAAUCCCAAGAAACUGCAGAGCAAAAGGCUAAGGAGGUGGAAAAUAUGAUUGCUGCUAAGAAUGAGGAAAUAGCUACUGUGCAUUCAGAGUUACAAGAGAAAAACAGAACUGUGGAAGAAUUGGAAUCCAAAUUACAGCAUAUUUCUGAGGAUAUUUCACUGCGUUUAGAGAAAUCUGAAAAACGGCAUUCUGAGAAAAUGCAGGAGCAGUUGAAAUCCUAUGCAGAAUCUGUGGAUAUUGCUCAAAACAGAACCAAAGAACUGGAAAAUGAACUGAAUAAUGUGCGCGCCCAGCAUGUGGAGAACCAGUCAAAAGUUAAUGAAUUAGAGGAUCUUGUUCGUCAGUGGAAAGAUCGGUCAGAAAGUGCUCAAGCUUCAUUGGACAGCAGCAAUGUUAAGGUGGAGGAACUUGAAAAACAAAUUGAAGUCACGAAGAUGGAAUACGAGGAGAAGCUUGGAUCAUUGCAAUCCCAGCAUUCUUCAGAACUCAAGGAGCUAAUGGAUAAGACUGAUGCGGAUGGAAACACUAAAGUCGCAGAGUAUAAGAAGAAGGCGGAGGCAUAUCUCAUUCAGAUGCGGAAACAGUUUCAGGAUGACAGGGAAUCAAUGAUUUCACAAAACAAGGAGGUUGUGAAUGGGCUGCAGGCCAAACUGGACACAGUACAGUCCGAAUUAGAAACUGUUAAAUCAGAAAAACAGAGGUUGAUGGAGGAACAUGAAGGCGAACGGGAGAAGUUGGAAAUGGCGUUUUCACACCAGCUUAAAGAGAAAGACCAGGUGCUCUCCAAAACUCUCCGACAGUCUGAAUCCAUUCAGUUGUCAGAAACGAAACUAAAGGAUGCUCUCCAGGCCUUAAAGGAGGAAAAAGAGGAGUUAAAUGCAAAACUGUCAGAAUUGCAACAAGAGAAGACUCAGCAGGGUCGAAAUUUAGAACAGAAAGUGAAAUCGCUAGAGAAAGAGGUGAGCAAAAUCAUGAAGCAGUUUGACAAGUACAAAACUGAAAAGGAGUUGCAAAUUGCGGAAUUGCACCAAACCAAUGAGGAAAAUUUAAAGAAACUUCAUUUGGAGUACGAAGAGGAACGUCAGGAAAUGCAGGGAUCCCAUUCUUCACAGGUCAAACAACUGGUUAAGGAACUGAAUGUGAAGCUUGCUGAAAAGGAAAAGGAAUUCCAAAACACCUUCAGCGAAGCCGUUGGUAAGAGCAGUCGAGAUGAGGACAGACUGAUGUUAGAACACAAGCAGGUCGUGGAGGAACUGUACAAUGAUCUGCAUGAGAAAGAUAAGCAUAUAGAGGAGAUGACAGAGAAACACACCGCCCAGCUGGAGGAAAAGGAGAAAGAAGGCAAGGAAAGGGUUGCUGCUCUCCAGCAAGAGUUAACUGUUCUUCAAGAGAAGAUAACUCUGCUCUCUGACAACCACAAGAGGGAACUGCAGACCUUAGAGCAAAGGCUAGAGGAAGGGUUUAAAAAGCGACUAGCUGAGAAAGAAGUUGCUCAUCAAGAGGAAAUAGAUGCCCUCUCUAAAGAAUGGAAUACUGAAAGACAGGCCAAAAUUCUCACUUCACAGAAUAUCUCCACACCUCAGAGACCUCAGGAAAUGGUAAUGCAGAACCAGUUUGCUCUCGAGGCCAUUCAGAGUGGCUCGGCCACCGGGGAUCUGCUUAGGCAAGAGAUCAUUAACAUGACUGUAAAGAUGGAAGAACAAAGGUCAAAACACAAACUGGAACUGGCAGAGCUGCGUAGCCAGAUGGAAAUGUCACAGAACCGCACCCCUCUGGUGGCGCCACCUGGUCAGAGAAAUCUGUAUGAUGAAUUUGAGCCUCGGGCAGCAGAGGAAAUCCAGAAUCUGGAGUUACACAACCUGGAUCUGCAGGCCCAGGUGUCCCAGCUGACUGAGGAGUUACACAAGAUGGAAGAGAGUGAGAGACAGCUCCAUGAAAAGAUGAAUGAAUCUGCAGUACACCAUUCCUCAUCGUUCCACACCCCAGGAGCGUCGUUCCACACCCCUCCAUCCAGCCCUCACCCCUUGAGUGUGAACAGCACACCCUCAGGGCCACUUCUCACAGAACCCACAGAGAUGGAGUACCUGAGGAAUAUCUUAUUUCAGUACAUGAUUGGAAAAGAGACAAAGACGCUGGCUAAGGUCAUCGCCACAGUGAUGAAGUUCACAGAUGACCAGACGGCCAAGAUUCUCUCAUGUCAGGACAGUAAAGCUGGGGUGAGUGGUCAAGCCACAACAUAGUAUGCACACUCUCUUCAUAUGCUAAAUGACCCAGCAAAUAUCACCCAAAAAUGGCAAGUAAAUGUAUUAUAAAUGUUACUUUUGGUGUUGAAACUGACAUUUUUCCAGUAGGCUAUCAUAUUAUCUUCUAAACACACCACAGGACACCUUUCUAAGAUCAAUAGAACUGUCUGAAAUGGGUAACGUGCAGCUGAGUCAGGGGAGAAAUUUUAGGUUAUGUACAUGUACCAUGCUUGAAGAGAGCUAUUUAAGUAGACUUGUACAUUUGUUCCACCAGAAGCCUCAAACUUAAAAUUCACUGAUAAAUCCAUUGUAGAUGUAUACUUAUCUAAAUCAUGCAGAAUUCCAUUUCUGGACACCACAUACAUAUUGCUUUCUGUUGACUUAUUUCAGAUGUAGCUUUGUAGAGGCUACUUUCUAGUCAGAAGGUAAUUUUAAUGUACUUAGCAACUUUUCUGUUCCCUUGCCCCUACUCUCUUUGUAAGAUGAGUGUUAAAUAUACCCCAUUGCCUCAGUGUGGAAAGUUAGCUGUGCGGUGAACGAAUGCCAGAGCA